AUCCAUAUCGUGUACUUCGAUGAUUAAUUUGGAGUAAAGCUUCAAAAAUUAAAAAGCUUCGGUGGAUGUGACUGAGAGCGAAUCGGUGCUUCGGUUCUAAAACUGUCACGCGCGAUUGAAGAGCGCGUGGUCACUCAUAUCCAAACGUAAGGUGAAAUUGAGAAAAUGGAUGAUAUAGUUUCUGCUAAUGGAGUAAAUUGCAAGCGUAAUGGUGUAAAGGAUAGUUCACUGAAAACUUGUUGGCCGGAGAAGAAGAAACCGGUUGAGGCAACGAGUCUUAGCAGCGGUUCAUCAGAUAUAGAAGAAGAGAGUAGUGUGGAAUGUCCGAAACCAGUGGCUAAUCAAAGACGGAAACGCUCUAAAGCUGAUGAGAUUAAAGCGAAAUCUUCAAGAAAGAGGAAAUGUGAUGAUGAGAAGAAAUGUGAAGAAAAGGAGAAGAAGCAGAGGAGCUCUGUAAAAAAGAGAGCAACUACAUGGAAAGAAGAAGAAGUUGUCGAUCAUGAUGAAAAGAAAUGCGAACAAGAACUCCAACUAGUUCCUUUCAUCAAGGCAACAUCUCGUAGCAGAAGCAAGAAUGCAGACAGUGGGGAUGCUUGGUUAGUUGGAAACGAGAUAGAUGUUAGCGCUUCGAGUUCGCGUUCUGAGUCUGAACUUUCGGAUUCUCAUCUGAAAACCGAGUAUUUUAAUGACUGCAGAAGCAUGACUAGGAGUUUAAAGGCAGAUUUGGGAGAGCUUGCAAUUUGCCAUCAAUGCUCUAAAGGGGAAAGAAGAUAUCUUUUCAUUUGCACCUUUUGUGAAGAGAGGUUGUAUUGUUUUCCAUGUAUAAAGAAAUGGUAUCCCCAUUUGUCCACGGAUGAUGUCCUUGAUAAAUGUCCCUUUUGCCGCGGAACUUGCAACUGCUGCACAUGUUUGCACUCAAGUGGUUUAAUCGAGACAUCAAAGAGAAAGCUCGAUAAGUACGAAAGAUUUUAUCAUCUUCGAUACUUGAUUGUGGCGAUGCUUCCUUUCUUGAAAAAGUUAUGCAAAGCACAAGAUAAAGAAAUCGAAACCGAGGCUAAGGUUCAAGGAUUAGUGGCAUCUCAAGUUGAUAUAUCCGAGAGUCUAUGCUCAAAUGAAGAGCGUGUCUUCUGUAACCAUUGCGCAACCUCAAUUGUUGACUUGCAUCGAAGCUGUCCAAAGUGUUCCUAUGAACUCUGUCUCAACUGUUGCCAAGAGAUCCGUGGAGGUUGGCUUUCAGAACGCCGGGAAUGUCAGCUACAAUUCGAGUAUAAAGGGAGCCGGUAUGUACAUGGCGAAGAUGCAGAACCGAGCUCUUCUUCUGUUUCUGAGGAUGAAACUACAAAUCCAUCCAUUAAGUGGAAUGCUGAUGAAAAUGGAAGCAUACCGUGUGCGCCAAAAGAGCUAGGCGGUUGCGGUGACUCUGUGUUGGAGCUUAAGCGAAUCCUACCGGUGACUUGGAUGUCAGAUUUGGAGCAAAAGGCAGAAACAUUCUUAGCCUCUUAUAGUAUCAAUCCGCCAAUGUCAUAUUGUAGAUGUUCUUCUGAUAUGGAGAUGAGUAUGAAGAGGAGGACAGCUUCGAGGAACGAAUCCAGUGACAAUUACCUCUACUCUCCUGAUUCUUUUGAUGUCCUGAAGCAAGAAGAACUUCUGCAUUUCCAAGAGCAUUGGUCUAAAGGUGAACCAGUGAUUGUUCGAAAUGCUCUUAACAACACAGCUGGUUUAAGCUGGGAGCCAAUGGUGAUGUGGCGGGCUUUAUGUGAGAAUGUUGAUUCAGCAAGUAGCUCUACGAUGUCUGAUGUCAAAGCUAUCGAUUGUUUAGCUAAUUGUGAGGUGAAGAUCAAUACUCGAUGUUUCUUUGAAGGAUAUAGCAAAGGAAGAAGAUAUGAUAACUUCUGGCCUGAGAUGCUGAAGCUGAAGGAUUGGCCUCCUUCAGACAAGUUUGAAAACCUUUUACCUCGUCACUGCGAUGAGUUCAUUUCCGCAUUACCGUUUCAAGAAUACAGCGAUCCUAGAUCCGGAAUUCUCAACAUUGCUACAAAACUUCCUGAAGGACUUCUUAAACCAGAUCUUGGUCCAAAAACCUACAUUGCAUAUGGGACUUCAGAUGAGCUCGGUAGAGGCGAUUCAGUCACUAAGCUUCACUGUGAUAUGUCAGAUGCUGUUAAUAUUCUGAUGCAUACUACUGAAGUAACACUAAGUGAGGAGCAAAUGUCUGCAAUUAAAGAUUUGAAACAGAAACAUAAGGAACAGAAUGAGAAAGAGCUUCAGGAGGAAAUGUUUGCAAUUGAAGCUUUGAAACAGAAACAUAAGCAACAGAUUGAGAAAGAGCUUCAGGAGCAAAAUGGUUUAGAGGGAGAAGAGGUUGUGAGUGAUGAGAUUGUGAUAUAUGAUGAAACAGGUGGUGCACUUUGGGACAUCUUUAGAAGAGAAGAUGUUCCUAAGCUUGAAGAGUAUCUAAGGAAGCAUUGCAAAGAAUUCAGACAUACUUUUUGCUCUCCUGUUACAAAGGUGUAUCAUCCGAUACAUGAUCAAACAUGUUUCUUAACCGUGGAGCAUAAACGAAAACUCAAGGCAGAAUUUGGGAUUGAGCCAUGGACAUUUGUGCAAAAGCUAGGAGAAGCAGUUUUUAUUCCCGCGGGUUGUCCUCAUCAAGUUCGAAAUCUCAAGUCUUGCACAAAGGUAGCUGUUGAUUUUGUAUCCCCAGAGAACAUCGAUGAGUGUCUCCGUUUGACUGAUGAGUUUCGACAACUCCCUAAGAACCAUAAAGCCAGAGAAGACAAACUUGAGAUAAAAAAGAUGGUGAUCUAUGCAGUGGAACAAGCUCUGAAAGAAGUGGAGACAUUAUUGCUAGAUCGCAGCUAAAAGCUCUAUAGCUUUGUUGUUGUAGGAUUGACAGCAGAUUUUGUAGGAUUGUUAAAGCCAUGGCUAUUGUAGUUGGCUUUUGCUGUGAUAUAUAUAUGUAAAGAGACAAGCGUCUCUUGAAAACAAUGAUUCCUUUUUUGAAAUGGGAUUUUUGAUGUAAUUUUUUCGACUUUUGAAUUGGAGGCCAAUCCUUUUCGGCAUAUGUAUUUGAUGUAAUCUUCUUUUGCAUUGUUUUGUAUUUUGCAUCAUUUAUUUGGAGAGCAGAAGGAAUAUUUUGAAUCAAAAAUGAAGUGAAAU